AUGAAUCAAUUUGUGCUGGCGGCUGUGGUGAGCGGCGCGGCGGCCAUCUUCCCUCUGACGGGGUUCGGCGGCUGCGACCAGGAGGUGACGGAGGUGCGGGCCGGCCGUGCCGUCCACCUCAGCUCGGAGAACUACCCCCGACCGUACCCGCGCGGUGCCUGCCAGCGCCGCCUGCUGCGGCCCGACUCCGCUGAUACAGCUGUCUCGCUGGUCUGCACCGACAUAGACCUAGACUCUGUGGUGCUCCCCUGGGUGCACUGGCGCGUCUGGGGUGACUUCCUCGAGCUGCCCGGCCGGGGUAUGCUGUACGGCCGCCAGUGGUUUCAAUGUGACACGGCGCCUCUGUUGCUGGACGCUCCGCCGGGGGCCGAGGUGCCGCUCGAGUUCUCGGCAAACUAUCUGCUCCAGCACAGAGGGUUCAACUGUGUGGCCCGCGGUCUGUCCAAGGAGCGGAGGAACAGCCGGCGGCGGGCGGCCCGGCUGCACAGAGAGCUGACAGACUGCGGCAGGUCGCGAGUGAAACGCAUUCUGGACGGAAAGGACGCGAAGGUCGGCGAGUUUCCGUUCGUCGUCUACAUCGUCACACGCACCAGCGACGACAAAACGCUGUACUGCUCCGCAUCUCUCAUCAGCCGCCGGUUCGUGCUCACGGCCGCUCACUGCCUGGAAUCUGCCGUCUGGACCGAGCUGAGGCUGGGCGCUCUCGACAUCGGACACCCAGGCGCCCAGUCGCUGGUGGUCAACGCUACCAAAUUCAAACAGCAUCCCGAAUGGAGCAUCGUCAGCCUGGAGCGGAGUCACGACAUCGGCCUGAUCGAGUUAUCCGAGGAUGUCCAGUUUAACGACGUCAUCCAGCCGAUCUGUUUGCCGGCGAUUCUGGAGCUGGAGCAGCAGUACACGGACAUGGAAGGCACCAUCGCCGGCUGGGGCAAAACUGACCCCAACAAGCCGGGGGGCAGCUUCAUUCUGCAGGCGGCCAAGGUGCGUAUCAUCGGCAACUGCGAGUGCGCCAACCGGUUCCCGUUCCAGAUGACGCCGCUGAAGAUCUGCUCCAAACCGACCACCGCCAAACAGUCGCACUGCUCGGGUGACAGCGGCGGGCCGCUGAUGAUCUUCCAGUCCGGUCGCUGGUCACUGGUCGGUAUCAGCAGCUUUGUAGGGGCCGCCGGCUGUGACAUCGGGGACCCGGCCGGCUACACACGCGUCGCACCCUACCUCGCCUGGAUACGGGAUAACACAGAUGUGCAGCUCGAUAUGUGAGGUCGCUCGGUGAUGUGGGACUGACUGAUGUCUGGUAAUGUGAGACUGGUAAAUGUGCUGACGGCUGUUGUCACUUGUCACUGUUGGAUGUGUAAGGCAGGUGACCCAUUGGUGUGAUGCCUAGUACACUAAUGAUGUCAGACGAGCUGAUGCUGUGGUUGUUGAGCGAUACGUUUAUUCUUCGUCACUUUGUGUAUUUCUUUUGUGUGUGUAAGCAUUCACAGUAUCUAUGUGCCAUACCAUGCAGUGUAACAAGUGUAUCGUGCAUGUGUAAUGCGUUUGUUAAGUGCAAGACCUUGCAAGGGUAGACGCUUGCGUUUGUAUGUUGCGGUUGCAACUUACAAGCUGUGUUUGUAGAUGUACGUUAGGUUAUGGCUAGACUUAAUCGUUGUCUGUGUAGAAAGUAGUUCGUAUGCACUUGGUUUGCAUUGCCCACUGUACUGGACCUGGUAGGCGACUCAAUAAACACUCGGGUGCGUAAGCAAAUAACAA